AUGGUGAGUAAGGAACCUGGCAAAUGCUUACUCACACCUUCAGAAAGCGAUGCGGAGCCAGCAGCUUCACUGGCCUUGGAGAUGCGAUAUGCACUGGACGCCAAUCGGCAGAUCAAGAAGAGAAAUAAAGCCCUACAGGUGCGCUUUAAAGACAUCUGCGAGGCCCAGAGCGAACAAAGGGACAGACAGCUCGCUGCUGGGCCACCUACGGACAGAAAGGAAGCCAAGCCCAUCUCCUAUAAAGCGGCUGCUUAUCGCAAGUAUAUGACAGUGCCUGCCCGGAGGUCCAUCCCCAACGUGACCAAGAGCACAGGAGUACAGACUUCCCCAGAUCUGAAAAAGUGUUACCAGACAUUCCCUCUGGAUCGCAAAAAAGGAAGCAUCAUUAAAAGCUCCCAGGCGGCCCACACGUUCAAGAGUCAAAACAAUGGAUUUCUAAUAGAUGUCCAGGAUCAGAGCGAUGGUCAAAACUCAGGGGAGGCUGCUCAGUGCAGCAAGACAGCCGGCGAACAAAAGGCAGGGGACCUGAUGGCCCAUUCUGAUGAACAUAUGAAUGCCGUGGACCGGGCUCCUAGUGACUCCUGUUUAGACUCCUGUAAAAACCCAGAUCUGUACAGCUGUGUUAAAGGCCCUCGUCUUCGAAACUCCAGCGACCUGGCUUCUGAGGAGUCUGACCACCAGCCAUAUGACAAGGCAACCCAAGACAAAACGCUGCCAGAGGCUGAGGAUGCCCAUCCCUCAGCGCAAGGCAGAGUGUUUAAGACAGAAGUAGCGACUGUUUAUUUGCCUGCACCUGGUUCUCAAGCCACCGAGCCCACCUUGCCAAACUCAGCAGCGGAGAGCGAAUGGUCUCUGUGCCCGGCCAUAGAGGAGGAGAAAAAGAGAACUGGGUAUCUGAAUGGGCUCCAUCCGCAGGCAGAAAACGCUCCAACCUGCCCCACAGAGGCACAGUGCCCAUCCGCCGAAUGUAACGAGCAGGCCCUUCAGAGAAACGUCUCACCGACGGGUGAGACUCCACCUUGCCAGACGGCUGUGGCAGUGAGCAAAGAAUGCCAUGAAAUUGUGCCUCACACAGAAGUGAUAGACUUGAAAGCACAGCUUCAGAUGAUGGAAAGCUUGAUCAGCUCCAGCCAGGAAACAAUCAAAGUGCUACUGGGCGUGAUCCAGGAGUUGGAAAAGGGAGAGGCUCAUCGGGAAGGGCUUUCCUACAGGACUGGCCAGGACACAGCAAACUGUGCUACGUGCAGGAACAGCGCCUGCAUUAUCUAUAGUGUGGAACUGGAUUUUAAGCAGCAAGAAGAUAAGCUCCAGCCAGUUCUGAGAAAACUUCAUCCUAUUGAGGAAACUCAGGUCGCACCCUUGCCUUAUUCUCCGGAGACUUAUCCCUCCGCUCCCAAGCAAAAAUCCAAAACUGAAUCCAAAAAGCAUGGAAGAUGGAGACUCUGGUUCCUUUAA